AUGAUCAGCAGGCCCGACUCGGUAUUGCUCUGGGACGAAUCGUCGCCGGGGGCCCACGUACUAUCAAAAUCCAAUUCAAAACGAGGAAACCGCCUGAGGAUCCCAGAGGAGCCGGACUAUCAGAUUACGGCCGAAUCGCCUGUUGAUAGAUUCGGCCCUCGACUGAGGAGAUGGCCGACCACGAGUACCACGAGGAGGCCUUCGGCGCCCCAGGUUCAAUGGGGCGGAUCAACCCAGUGUUACUCGCCGAUUGAGGGAAUGCAGGCCAAUUUCAAAUCACUCACGAGUUCGGAUUUCGUCAACUCGUAUUCACAUCCUGAGAUAUACGAUGAGAUCAGACAGGAUAUUCCGCAGUUGCAAAUAGAAGGGGAAAUUUAUAGCGUGGAUGAGAGGAUGUCACAAGAACAAGAACAACCAAAACAACAACAGCAUCAACAACAGCCGCAGCCGCAGCCGCAGCCACAGCAGCGAAUAGAGCCAAAAGUACAAGCAGACACAACUCAAGCGUUGCCCUCGCAACCCAGGCAUUGCUACCACGACAGCAUGUCCAGCGAAGAAAGCUUCGAGAUAACAUCAUAUUCGAGAACCCCAAAGCUUCCCUCGGUCGACAUGAAGACGGAAGAGAAAGUGCCAUACAAGCACCCCCCCGCGUGGAAAGUCAAUUUGAUCAUGUUUGCACUGGCUCUGACCACAUUCUGUACUGGCUGGGACAACACGAUGAUAGCCACUGCAAUCCCCCGGAUAACAGACCAGUUUAAUUCCCUCAACGAUAUCGAGUGGUACGGGGCAGCUUAUUUGCUUGCAAACUGUUCGGUACAACUUAUAUAUGGAAAGUUGUACCAUUUGCACAGCAUCAAGUGGGUGUACCUGACUGCCCUCUGCAUCUUCCAGGUUGGAUCGUUCAUAUGCGCCAUUGCACCAAGUUCCUUGGCUUUAAUAAUUGGCCGGGCCAUCGCUGGCCUAGGUGCAGCUGGGCUUUUGUCUGGUUCUAUUUUGAUUAUAAGGCAAUUGGUCCGGUUCAACCAGAGACCAAUAUACAUGGCAGGGCUUGCUUCCGUGUCGGGUGUUGCAUGCCUUAGUGGGCCAAUCAUUGGCGGUGCCUUUACAGACUACGUCUCCUGGCGCUGGUGUUUCUACAUCAACCUCCCUUUUGGCUUGGUUGCUUGUAUCUUGCUCCUAGUGUUCUAUAAGCCAGUUCAACUCCCUUCUUCACGACAGAUCAGUUUCAGAACCAGCUUACGAUUUCUCGAUAUCGAAGGAACUGCUUUGCUGAUCCCCGCUAUCGUCAGCCUUUUACUCGCUCUCCAAUGGGGUGGCGCUAGGUACUCUUGGGGCUCAGUCCAGGUCAUUGUUUUAUUUAUCAUCUGCGGAAUUACUCUGGUUGGGUUUGUCUUUGUCCAGACCUGGAAGCAAGAGCUUGCCACGAUUCCGCCACGAGUGAUCAGGAGUCGAAACGUCAGUGCUGGCUUUGUUUUUACGUUUUGUUUCGGGGCUGCGGUUGUCGUUACGACGUACUAUGUGCCUCUGUGGCUGCAAGCCAUCAGGAACGCUUCCGCCAAAGACUCGGGCGUCAUGAUCUAUCCACUCAUCGUCAGUAUGGUGCUCACGACGGUGAUCAUUGCAUACCUCGUCACGGUCAUCGGCUAUUAUACACCCUUUAUGAUUCUUGCAUCAAUCCUCAUGUCUGUUGGCGGCGGCCUCCUAAGUACACUAAACAAAAAUUCCAGCUCUGCUCAAUACAUCGGCUACCAAAUUAUCUUCGGAAUUGGCGUCGGCUGCGGUAUACAGCAGAGCAUGGUUGCAAUCCAAGCUGCCAUCAGGGGAAGCGGCAGCAGAAACAGCAGUAGCAGUAGCAAAAGCCACAACAGCACCGGUAACGGUAGCGCUGUUCCAAUGGGCACUGCCAUUAUGACUUUUGCGCAAACGCUCGGCGGCGCAGUGUUUCUUGCAGUCGCCCAGAGUGUCUUUGAUAAUAAGCUCUCUAGCGGCAUAAAGGCCGCCAACAUCCCGGGGCUGAGUGCAAAUGCAAUCCUUAAUGCAGGAGCAACGGAGCUGGGAAAUGUGGUGGCCAGUGACCACAUGAACACGAUUCUUCACGCUUAUAACGCAGCAAUUGAUAGUACAUUUCUCGUCGCGGCAGUUGUCGCGGCGAUAUCGAUAUUGGGGGCGCUUGGAAUGGAAUGGAUUUCCAUAAGACAGCGAUGA